AUGGAUAGUGUGUGGAGCUUUCGGUCCUGCAAGAAGGCACACAGAAACUGCUGGGAACAGAAAGAUGUUGUCAAUUUCAUUUUGGAGGGGUUGGUGUCAUUUGAGGAUGUGGCUGUGGACUUCAGCUUGGAGGAGUGGCAAGACCUGGACAGUGCUCAGAGGACCCUGUAUAAGGAUGUAAUGAUGGAGACCUACAGCAACCUAGUGUUCUUGGGGCACUGUGUUCCUAAACCUGAAGUGAUUGUCAAGCUGGAGCAAGGUACAGAGCCAUGGAUGGGAGGAGCCUCAGACAAAAAUUUCUCAGAUGUCCCACAAGUGGAUCACCUGAUUGAAAUGUGCCAAAAAAGCACAGAGAGAUAUCUGUGUCAAGUUGUAGUCACCAAUAGGGACACAGUGGAGCAAAGCGUUAGAUUAAGAAGAACUUUUAAUUUGAGCUCAAUCCAUAUGUCAGAAUUGGCUAUGAAUAAUGGGAAUUCCCUAGGGAUGGGAACUAAGGAGUCUAUUGUGCAUCAGAACAUACUUCUCCAUAGUGAUUCUGAUGAGUAUCAUGCUGGGGAGAAGCUUGUUGUCGCUCAUGUAGUUGAACAAGCUCUGAGACAUUCUAUACAUUUUGGUCAACAUCAUCAGAGUCCAGCUGACCAGCAGAAUUAUGAAUAUGGUGGAGAAGGGAAAGUAUUAAACUCAGAUACCAUAUUUUUUAUUCAUAAGAAGGCACAUGUGGGAGAGUCCUCCUGUAAGUAUAAAGAAUAUAAGGAAGCCUAUGACAUGCCUUCUCUCAUUGUCCAAGAAAUAGCUCAGGUAAAGAGGAGAACAUUGGAAUGUACUGUAUGUGGGAAAACAUUCAACAUAAAUUCUAUACUCGCUAAAUAUCAGAAAAUGUACACGGGAGAGAACACAUACGUAUGCAAUAAAUGUGAGAAAUCCCUCACUAAGAAAGUAAAUCAUAAGACACAUCAGAGAAAAUAUCCCAAGGAAAAGCCCUGUGAAUAUAACAAAUGUACAAAAUCUUUCUGUCAGAAGUCAGACCACAAUUUUCAAUCUAAAACACACACAGGAGAGAAAAAACAUGAAUAUAACAAACAUAGCACUUCCUUUUGCUGCAUAUCAGAAGUCACUGUACAUCAGAAAACUCACAUAGAAGAGAAACCCUAUGAAUGUAAUGAAUGUAGGAAAUCUUUCAGUCUGAAGUCAGAUCUCAGCAAGCAUCAGAGAACUCACACUGGAGAGAAACCUUACAAAUGUAAGAAAUGUGGAAAAUCUUACAAGCAGAGUUCACACUUCAGUGUGCAUCAGAGAACACACACAGGAGAAAAACCUUAUGAAUGUAGCAGAUGUGGAAAGUCUUUCAAACGGAUGUCAAAUCUUAAUUUGCAUCAGAGAACACACACAGGAGAAAAACCUUAUGACUGUAAGAAAUGUGAAAAGUCCUUCAACCGAAAGUCAAGUCUCAACAUGCAUCAGAGAAUUCACACAGGAGAGAAACCUUAUGGAUGUAAUAUAUGUGGAAAGUCUUUCAAUCACAAGUCACACCUCAGUGUGCAUCAGAGAACACACACAGGAGAGAAACUUUAUGAAUGUAGCAAAUAUGGAAAAUCUUUCAACAAUAAGUCAUACCUCAGUGUGCAUCAGAGAACACACACAGGAGAAAAACCUUAUGAAUGUAAUAAAUGUGGAAAGUGUUUCAACUAUAAGUCAUAUCUCAGUGUGCAUCAGCGAACACACACAGGAGAGAAACCUUAUGAAUGUAACAAAUGUGCAGUCUUUCAACCGGUUAUCCAGUCUUAACUUGCAUCAGCGAACACACACAGGAGAGAAACCUUAUGAAUGUAACAAAUGUGCAAAGUCUUUUAAGCAGAAUUCACACCUCAGUGUGCAUCAGAGAACACACAGGAGAGAUACCACAUAAAAGUAAUAAACAGGAGAACCAUUAGCCAGAAGUUACACCUCAACAGGCAUCAGAAAACUGGAUAUAAGGUAGAAACCCUGUGAAUAUCAAAGGAUGCAGGAAGUCUUUAAACCAGAAGUCCAACUUCAGCAAGCAUCACAGGACUCACACAGGAAAUAAAACCUGUUUAGGAAAACCUUCUGUCUUAAAUCCCAUCUCAGAAAACUUCAGAAUUUAUAUAGGAAAAUUCUACAUGGCGGUGAUUAGCUGUGUGUUUUCUAAAACCAUUCUUUUCUCUUGGACACACACUGAGCCCACAUUUCUCAGCAUGUCAUUCUAAAUGAGGUACUGUACCUGAACACUGUCCAGAGGAUUUCAACACAUGAUGGCUAAUAAUUUCAGGGUUGACAACAAAUGAUAGAUGAUCUGAUAGUCUGCAUAAGAGAGUGAAGUUGAGGAUUUGUUUCAUUUGCAAUAGUCCAUGUUUCCUCAGAACUAAUAAAUCCUGCUCUUGGGAAUGGAAUCAGAUGAUCACCAAGGUGUUUUGGGAGAAGACUCAUUAUAUGAGCCAAGGAAAUGAGAACAUAGAUUUAUUUACUGCUAGCCCAAAUCUCCCUUUGUACUUUAUAUUACAGAGAAAUAAACACUUGUAUGUGUGA